GGGGCGGGGCGAGGCGGCGGCAUCACGUGACCGCGCGGCGGCAGGAGCGGCGCCCGCCCGCCCGGCACCGGCAGCAUGUCGGGCAAGGACCGCAUCGAGAUCUUCCCGUCGCGCAUGGCUCAGACCAUCAUGAAGGCCCGUUUGAAAGGAGCCCAAACUGGUCGUAACCUUUUGAAGAAAAAAUCUGAUGCUUUGACUCUUCGAUUCAGGCAGAUCCUUAAGAAAAUCAUUGAGACUAAGUUGCUGAUGGGUGAGGUGAUGAGAGAAGCUGCCUUUUCCCUUGCUGAGGCAAAGUUCACAGCUGGAGACUUCAGUACCACUGUGAUCCAAAAUGUGAACAAAGCUCAAGUCAAGAUCAGAGCUAAAAAAGACAACGUAGCAGGUGUAACCUUGCCAGUUUUUGAGCAUUACCAGGAAGGAGGGGACAGUUAUGAGCUGACUGGCUUGGCUAGGGGUGGAGAACAGCUGGCCAAGCUGAAGAGGAACUAUGCCAAAGCUGUGGAGCUGCUUGUGGAACUGGCCUCCUUACAGACAUCCUUCAUUACUUUGGAUGAAGCCAUUAAAAUAACAAACAGACGUGUGAAUGCAAUUGAGCACGUGAUUAUUCCCAGGAUUGAGCGUACUCUUUCUUACAUCAUCACAGAACUGGAUGAAAGAGAGCGAGAGGAAUUCUACAGGUUAAAGAAGAUACAGGAAAAGAAAAAGGUAUUGAAAGAAAAGUCAGAGAAAGAACGGGAGCUGCGGAGAGCUGCUGGUGGGGAACGUGAACCUGCCAACCUCUUACUGGAGGAGAAGGAUGAAGACCUUCUCUUUGAGUAGCCCAGCACAAGUGUUGUACAGGGCAGCGGGGGACCCAGAAGACAGUGUCCAAUUGCACUAUAACUGGACAUGUUGCCUCAGUGAUAUUUAUGUGGCUUCUCAGUUGCUGUAUAAAUCUUAGUGGAACAGACUGUGGAUUUCUUCAGGGAGAUUAGAAACCUGAAUGUAGCUGCAAGUGCUUUGUUAUCGAGAAAGCCUUGUAUUGCUGGUUGGAGUAGAGGCUAGCGUGGGAGUUCUUGCAUUCUUCAAGUUACACAGUGGGAAGGAGUGUCCACACUUGUUCCUUUUGCAGGAGGGCUUGGGAUUUCCCUAAUCAGAUUCCAUUCUAAUUCUUCCCAUUAUAACAAUAGUUCUGUUAUGUGUGUGUGUGGGGGGGAGAUGCAUGCAAAGCUUUUGCUGCUGAACGAUUAAUGUUAAAAGUUAAAGCAGAUAUCAGCACAGUUUGAAGUCAAAUGUAAGUAUAAGCCACUAGAUUUUCUAACUCAUUGAUGAAAUCCACAGUCUUACAUGAUUUAUUUCUGUUGCACGAUUGUUACCAUUGGCCUAAAAGGCCUAUGGUUUUAAUUAGAAGUUUUGCCAACUUGUGUACUGUCUGUGCUAGAAACAAGUAAAAGUUUCAAGUGUUAAGUGUCUGGCAUCUGGACCA